AUGGAUCCUUCAAAUCAAAGAAUAGUUAUUUUAGGUUAUGAGCCAGAGUCUGUAAACGAGUUAGUCGAAGCUUCUCAAACUGUAUUUGCGAUAGCAAAUCCGUGGUGAAACUCUUGGUGCGAUUAUGUAGGCUACUAUCGAGAUGCAACAGGUCCUUGCCCAGGUCCAAUUAGCAACGAGUCUUUGUUUGAAGGCUCGUCUCUCAAGCUAUCUCUCAGUAUAAACGAUAUUAUGCUUAUUUCAAGCGCAUCGUGGAACGCCCUUAAACUAUGAUAUCAAGGUGGCCCUGAAGUAGAACUUUUUAUUGUUGAUGGCCAGCCAGAUCUGACUCCAAUCCAUAUUUUAGUCUGAAACUCUCAAGACACUAAGUAUGCAAUGAUAACGUGAAAAUCUCUUAUGGUUUCAUCAAAGAUCACCUUCAAAGAUCUAAAAGAUUAUUUAGGGAAAAAAUUCAGCAUUGAUCCGGAAGUAAUAGAGUUGAAAUUAGAAUCAAGCACUUCAGAGACACGAAAACUAAUAGGGUAUGAUGAUUGCACUCUUAAUGACUGUAUGAUUUCUGAUGGAACAAAAAUUAUUGUUGCCAAAAAAGACAAAAAAAAAGUACAACUUCUUGAUAUUUUGGAAGAAGAAGAUGAUGAUCUUGAAAAAGCAUUAAAAGCUUCAUUGAAAGAAGAGGAGAAAGUAAGCUAUCCAAAAAGUGGGGAAAAUUUUGACAUUGAGAUGGAAACUAUUCACAUUUAUUCAGAUCCAAAUAACGAGGCUGACUAUCGAUUUAGGUCUUCUAGGUCAGAUGGAGCAGCUGUUGCUGAAAGGAUUGAGAAAAGUAUGAAAGAAGCGAAAAAGCCAUUAGCUGUUCAUCACUUGAGGAGAAUCCAAAAAAAUAUUAUGGGAAUAUGAGAAGAUUAUCUUGCGUGGCAAAAACAGCAGUAA